AUGUUUACGAGGCGGUUUUUCAGUGUGCUGACUCCACUCAGAGAGCAAACUCGUGUUUGGGGCGAGCGUAAUGCCAUAUCGCCUUUGAAGAGAUCCAUCAAGGUGUUGGAAACCGAGGCCGCUCCACAGAAGAUCGUGAUUGACCAGAAUUUUGUGCAAAAAUUCAACGAUUUGAAGACAUACGAUCCAUUUGAUUUCUCUAUUGCUGGUAUAAAGCUACAGAAGUACAAAAAGUCGCAGGAAUUUGAAAAGAGAAGACAGGUUUCUGGUUUCAACUCUAAAAACGUGAAUCCAUUGGAUUUCUAUUGUCUUCCUUCCACUCUGUCAAACUUUCUGCGUCCAAAUGGAGAUAUACAGCCCAGAUCGGAGAGCGGUUUGAGUGCUAAGAAACAAAGAGCACUUUCGAAGGCGGUGAAGAGAGCGAGAAAAUUAGGCUUUCUGUCGCCAGUGGCCAGAGACGGUUCGAGGCUGCUGAAACAUUUGGAUUGA